GGAGGAAACAAGAUGAUGGAUGCCCUCGGUUGGCUCGACGCCCACAACAACAUUGCCAACAUUGGCAACAGCGCAACAGCAACCACAACAGACCUCAGCCACAGUCAAAGCCACCGCCACAGCCACAGUAACACUUACAGCACCAGCUCCAGCUCCAGUUGCCAAACGGCGCCAAAAGCUCGUCCAAAAAUAUCAACAGCCCGUGCCGCGCUUACCGUUGUCAUUGCAGUUACAGUAUCAGCAUUAUCAGCCGCAGCAGAUGCAGCCGCUGCCCUUGCCGCCACCGCAGCCGAUGGUGACCACCACGCAGCCGGCACCUGCAGGCGUUUUUAGCACGCACAACAACAACGUAAACCAUAGUUAUAGCAAUAAUAACGAUAACAACAACAGCGGCAGCGCCAGCGGCGGUGGGGGCAGCAACAGUAAUAACAACAACAAUGAUAUGUCCCCCAUAUCGAAUAGCAAUAGCUACUCCUCGGUUGAUACAAAUCAAACACUAUUGAACUCCAUUGCCAAUCAGCGAAGUGGCGGCACCACUCAGAGUCACAGUCAACAUCGUCCGGCGACGAGCCACAACCGUAAAUAUAGUCAAUUCAUGAUCAUCACGCCCGCCGUUUCCAUUGAUCGCGAUUUUGAGUACGAAUCGCACUUGGAUUUCGAGGACUUUGCCAAUGCAGCGCACAACAACGGCAAUCUGUUCCGUUUGGGUCUGCGGCGUAGCGACAGCAGCAGCGGCGAUGACAGCGGCAACAGCAGCGACAACAGCUUUCGUUCCAACUAUAAUCCAUAUGUGCAUCACAGUCGUCAGCCCUUGCUGGCCAAAAAGGCCCACAACAGUAGUGGGUCACAUCAGUUUUAUGCGUUCUCCAGCUGGCGCUGGUGCACACUGUUGUGCGCGGCAAUGCGCUGUUUUGGCGCUGGCCAUGGCAACCAGGCGCCCUACAGCAGCUCCUUUGUGCCGCACCAUCGUUUACGACGCUGCAGCUCCUACAAUGCGGAUAUCGCCUAUGAUUACGAGCAUUUUGCGGCGCCGUUUAAAGCGCGUAAAACUCGCGAUCAUAUGAAUAAUAUUACGUAUGAGUUGUGACGUUGGCCGCUGCCAAUAAUCGUUAUUAUGCAUUUUGAUCUCUGUGUCGUCGUUGUAUUUGUUGAUCUUAUCCUACAAUUUCAGCUCCUUAGACUUUUUAUUACAAAUUAUCAUUAUUAGCUAUAAAUGUCGUGUACUGUGUGUCGUCGUUUAUUCUAGCUACAAUUCUGAUUAUCAAAUGAAAACAACAUCAGCAACUAAAAGAGCAGCACAUUUUUGAGUGAUUUUAAUUCGAACUUACGAGUAAUUAAUAAUACUAUAUAAAAAUAACGAUUAUGCGAAAGAAAACAAUUACGAAAAUGAAAAUGAGUAUGCAUAAAGCACGCGCGUUUACUUAAGUAUUUAAAUUUAGCUAAUUAAUUAAAAAAAUAAUGACAACAAU